UGUAUAUAUCUUUGAGUGGCCUGUAAACUUGAACCAUAUUUGUACCUGUCACACGUAUGUCAAUUGUCACUACUGUUUCUAUAUUGACACUUUCACAGUGUUUGUGUAGAAAUUGGAUUUUGCCAGCUUGAAAGGGUGUGUGGAUCAGGCUAAACUCCCAACACCAGUGCUCCGGCCAUUCACUCAACAGUAUAAAUAUAUUGAACACCUGUAUCGGAUAGUUUUGAUGUAACAACAUGCCUUUACUAGUAAAUGGAAAUUCUAUUGGACAUGUUCCAAAAAGUAUCGAAGAGUUCUUUGACAGAUAUGAUUUCAAGGAGUCCUCUAAUCGACUGUGUUGUCAAAGCUGUAAGAUGUGUACACAAGAUGAAGGUGUUUUAUAUAUCGGUCAGCGAGAGAUGGCGGUCACAACCCCAGAGGACGGAGUUUUCAACAUUCUUGGAACGGAGGAUGCCACUACAUGUCACAUUGUUGUCCUUCGCCACACAGGGUCGGGAGCUGUAGGCAUGGCACAUUUUGAUGGCGCUGGUCUACCAGCGGCAGCCAAGGACCUUGUAUCAAAGGUGAAGGAGUUCCCCAGUAGUGGUGGAAGACUGGAGCUGCACCUGGUAGGCGGGUUCUGUGAUGACAGGGGUCUCUCUGCUGAGUUGUCCAUCAAAACACUGAAUGCAUUCCAUGCCGUGGAGGAUGAUAUCUAUUUAGAAACUUGCUGCAUCACAGUUUUGAAUAAUAUCAAAAAGAAGAAUGUUCCCUUUCCAAAUAUAUAUGGAGUUGCUGUAAACAUUAAGACAGGGGAGAUAUGUAAAGCGAGCUUCUCUGAUCAUGGUCCAGACCAACCACUGAGGAGUGCUCGACACUUCACAGGAGCUGAGGAGGUCCUCAACAUUUAUGAUCCAAAAGACAACAUUCUCACCAUUGGUCCCUUUAAUUAUUCAACUAUGGACGAAAUCGAUCUUCUUUGCGGUCUGCCGAAACCUUUCAUCCGAGAGCAUCUCUCCACCUCCCCAGAACAGGAACCUUUGUACUUUGAGGACCAGGUGAGGGCAGCUCUGAUACAGAUUAAGGAACAUCCUGAGCCUCUCAAGACAGUGUUUAAAGAUGGCAAACCUCACUGUUAUAAAUUGGAGAACAAAAAGUGGAAACCUGUGUCCAAGUCGUGAUAGGAGUAUAGUAUGUGUGUAUUUAUUAUUGAUAAUGACUGUUAUUUCUACCAUAAAAAAAUCAGGCACAUUAGAGUUAUCUCCCCUGUUUUUUCCACAAAAUGGCCAUAGUGUAACAUAUCAAGGAAAAUAGUACUAUACUUAUUUUUAUUGUAGUUAUAUUGUUGAGCUUUUUCUGCUAUCUAAAACGAACCAAGUUAUGGUAAAUUCUAAGUAUACAUAAUGGCAAAACUCAGUAUAUCAUGAUGAAUAUGUGGAACUUGGAAAAAAAAUUGUCUCUGUUGAAAUAUUGCAUGCGUUUACCCAAGUGGAACUUUAUCAUGAACCUGAUCAUUGUAUCUAGUUGCUGUUACUGAAACAGUUAAAGGAAAUUUCUAUUUAUUACAAUUGGUAAAGGAUUUGACUAGUUAUAUGUUUUAUUCUCUGAUUGAUUCCUAUUGGAGACAUGUGGGCCAUGUUGAUUUCAUUGUAGUUUAAUUACAGGAUCAUGAUUAUACCUGGAAUCUUGUCAAUCUGGAAAUUCAUAUAUACAUCAUGUAUAUAGUUAUUAAUCCAAUUUUCCAGAUCAAAAGUUCCUCUUUAUUAUAAGUAUGAAUGGUAUCACCUCCAACAUUUGAAACAACAUAUGAUAACAUUUCAUUUUAAAAUCCUUUUUGCCUUGAUGCAUUUUGUUGUUGUUGUUGUUGUUGUUGUUGUUGUAAGCAUAGAAUAUCAAUUUAGGUCUCUCAAAAUUUUGAGUUGUAUGAGGAACAAGAUAUUUAUUAAUGUGUGCCUUUUUUCUGCUGUUGAAUCCUCCCUCCCCUUUCAGGUUUGUUGAAAGAUCAAUAUUAUUCCUACAUUCCUAUACAUCUUGAAUUUAGUUUCUUUUUCAAGUACGUAGUUCAAACAACAAAAAUAAAAUGGGGAAGUAUUUAUUCACAUUGUUUAUCCGUCCUGCAGUAUUUUUCUCACUACUGCUCUUUAAUUUGUUAGUUUAGUGAGAAAAUAACAAAAUGUUAUGCAUCUCAGUAGAAAAAAUAUCAUGAUAGCCUUUCUUUAAUUGCAAAAGAUUUGACAAAAUAUGCUGUAUGUAAGCUUUUAGCGCUGAAAUAGUGGUUCUGCCUAUAAGUAACCUAUGCUCCCCAGGGAGUUGAGAAAGACAUCGGCUGGAUGCAAAGGCCGGAUGACCACGGAUAAUGAUUUGUGAACUGCUUUUAGAUGGCUAUGUUGCUGUGUAUAAAAUUAAAUUAUUAGCAGUAUUACCUCUGGUAAUUCACUGUUGAAUGUGUAAUAAAUUUAUGACCUCAAAUUGUGUGUUGAAAGUUCAUAUAAGUCAGUUGAAAAAUGAUUAUAUAAGAAUGGUUUAUUCCAUCAAAAAAAAAAAAAGGAUUUUUUUUUCAACAAUUGAAUGUGCAUGUACAUUUUUGUGUUGGGCCAUCUUGGUUUAUUAAAUUAGUCCCUUACAGCUGAAAAUGGGGAAACUAUUUCCUCUCUCUGUCUUGUAUGUAUAUAUGUAUGUUACGCCAAUGUUUGUCCGUGCUCUAGCGGCUCCAUUCCUUGAGAGAUUUUGAUUGACAUUCACAAUGAUAAAGAACCAUAAUAUCGCUGGCAAGUUUAAGUUUCAGGUUUUUUGGGUCAAGGUCAAAGUCCCUGUUGCUAUUUUUAUUGGGGGCUGGAAGGGAGCAUGUAUUGCUUAGUUAUACCCAUUAUGCUUGUUUGAUUAUUAAGAUUUUUAUCAUUGUCAUAAUUUUAUUGUAAAUAUCUGAUUUAACAAUUAAAAUCAAAAUAUUAAUAUGUUCACAGUUCAAUUCUUUAUAUGUAUCAUGUAACUCUUUAAUUUAUUUAUUUUACAUUUUAAUCGCUGUGUGUAAUGAAAGGACACAUUCUUUAUAAGAUGUGAUGGUUUGAUUGUAAGAUAAUUAAGAAAUAAAGAAAUAUUUACUUAAUUUUAUGUAGUUUUUUAGACAUUAAAGCUAACUGGAUCCUGAAUCUGUUCUUACAUACCUGUUCACCUUUUCUUGAAAAUUGACACUACAUUUUGUUUAAUCUUAAAACUCUGUAUUCGUUACUUCUUACGCAAUCAUUGUUUUCUGGGUAGAAGAGAAGUUUUUUUUUGUUGUUUAAAUAUUAUUUUUUUAUGAAUCUUUUUGUUACAAAUAAUUACAAAUGCUACAUUUGUAUAUCAAACACCUGCCCCAUCUACUGCCAAAUUGACAGUAAAGUAAGGGCUAAUAUAUAAUAUCAUUUUUUGAAAGAUAUAGAUGUUUCUGUGUUGUUUUUAACUCGGAUGAAGUUGAACUCUUUUAGCAGAUGUUAAUAUUGUUAUGAUUUUAGAUAAACAUAAUAUUAUGUAGCAGAAUCUUCAUACAUAAGGAAUUACCUGCUUGAGUGUAGUUUUGUGUUGAAACCAUAACUUUUUGCAAAAUACGCUGUAAAUGAUUGGCCCAUUUGUUAGAAUUUUAAAGAAAAAUCAAUAUUUGUGUAAAUUAAAACCUGUAAAAUAAAAAGCCCAUUCUUUCUUGACUAAAGAACUUUUUUUCUGAAACUCACUGGGUAAUUUUACCUGAAACUGGGCAAUUUGACCUAGAAAUUAUAUGAAUUGGCCUGAACUGACACUGAUGUUUUUGCCUGUGUUCAUAAUAAAUCAAAACCUUGUCCAAACUAAAACAUUCAACCAGUUUGUCAGCUAACAAUGGGUCCUAUCAUCCAAAAUUCAACGGGAAACAUUUCGAUUUUCAGCAAAUGGAGAGUCAUCCAAAAUUCCAGGGGGAAAGUUUUUCUGCAAAUAGAGGGUCAUCCAAAAUUCCAGGGGAAACGUUCAUAUGGUUUCUAUGAUGAUAAUUAAUUAAGGUUUUAAGCCUUUGGAUUUCAAAUAUGAGAGUUCUAUUUGAAUCCAUGCUGUAUGUGAUAAGUGAUGAUGAAAAGCUGGUCCUAGCCAGUGAUUGACAGUAAGAUGAAUAGUGCUUAGUGUCCUGUUGAACAAGGCAUGAGGAGAAUGCUGCUGUAUGUGAUAAUUAUACAAGUUUAUAACAAUUCAUUGUUGUGAAUUAAAUACUUUAUCAACAUUA